GUCUGCUUUGCGCAGCGCCCGUUACGCACGCGCUCUGUGCGCAUUCCCGGUUAUCGGGGAUCUAGCGCAGUAGCUGGAAGGGGAGAGGAAACGUCGCUGUUCCUUGAGGGUAGGAGUGAUGCAUGCGCUAUUUCCUUGCAGGACGUUAAUAGCUUAUAUAAAACCACUGGAGACGCGAAACAGUAAUCAUACCAACUGGAGACAUGACCCAAGAUUGCUACUUAAGCACUGCACAAACUCAAGAAGUGCAUGGGACCUUCACUUUCCUGCAUCCGUUAAGUCACUAAUAAACUGCGGACAUACUGUAAACUGCGCGCAUGGAUUCCACAGACAAAAGAGCCGUUAUGGACUUCCGGCACCAACGAUAAUCAGAGCAUCAUGCUGGCUUUGUUAUUAACUUACUGCGCAGAAAAAAAUUAAAUCAAGUGGCUGCAGUUUUGCAGGAACAAAUGAGCAAGUGAUUAAAGGCACAACGCAAAGCAUUACGCGUUGUACAGUAUCAGAAGUGCACUGUUCUUCUGGACUGAGAACAUGGGCUCGUUUGGCACUGCAGUGAGCCGUGUUAAUUACACAGAAGUAGCUGAUGUGCUCCAGCCAGAUGAUCCAUUUUCCGGACCUGUGAAAUCCAUUGCGCCGUGGAACUUUAAAGUGCUGGCAGCAUGGAUGCUCGUGAUCACCUCGCUGUCUCUGACCGAGAACUUUCUGGUUAUGCUGGUGACCUACAAGUUUAAACAACUCAGACAGCCGUUAAACUUUGUCAUUGUUAAUUUAUCACUGGCAGACUUUUUCAUGUCCCUGAUCGGUGGGACUUUAAGUGUUGUCACCAAUUACCGUGGGUAUUUCUUCUUGGGGUCCUGGGCGUGCGUGCUGGAGGGAUUUGCGGUCACUUUUUUCGGUAUAGUGGGUAUGUGGUCCCUGGCUACCCUUGCAUUCGAGAGAUACUUUGUGAUUUGUCGUCCUCUGGGAAACGUCCGUCUGCGGGUUAAACAUGCAGCCCUGGGACUGCUGUUUGUCUGGACCUUCUCUUUUAUCUGGACCAUCCCACCUGUACUGGGCUGGAGCAGCUACACAGUCAGCAAGAUCGGCACCACCUGCGAACCCAACUGGUACUCUGGUGACCCUCACGACCACACUUUCAUCAUUACUUUCUUUCUCACCUGUUUCAUCCUGCCUCUGGCUGUCAUCAUCGUGUGUUACAGCAAGUUGCUGCGCAAGCUGAGAAAGGUCUCCAACUCUCAUGGCAGGUUGGUGAAUGCCCGGAAGCCUGACCGGCAGGUGUCUCGUAUGGUGGUGGUGAUGAUCGUAGCCUUCUUGGUGGCCUGGACACCAUAUGCACUGUUAUCUUUCAUCGUUACUGUUCACCCCACCAUCUACUUAGACCCUAUAUUGGCUGCUGUUCCUGCUUUCUUUGCAAAAACUGCUGCCGUCUACAACCCCAUCAUCUACGUCUUUAUGAACAAACAGUUCAGGAAGUGCCUGAUUCUGCUGCUCAGCUGCAGCGGCAACACCACAGUGGAGGUGAACAAGUCCACAGACCAAGCAGGCAUGCCUGGUGAGAGCAACACGGGCGAGAUGUCAGCCAUAGCUGCCCGAAUCUCUGCUGUUAGCACCACUCCACCAAAGCCUAACGAGCAGCACAGUAACUCCUGCUCCUACAGCCAGCUGCCCAUCCCAGAAAACAAAGUGUGCCCUAUGUAACUGAGCAAGUCAAGGGGGCUUACUGAACAUCUUUUUCCAUCAAAACAACAGGAUUCAGAGUGUAUCACCUCUAAAGCUCUAAAUCCUGAUGGCCCAUGAGCAGCAGCAGCUUUAACAAUGCCAGUACGAAUAGCAAUUUGAAUAGCAAUAGCUUGCUUUUAGCAAUAGGUAUUGUGGCCAUAUUCUAUUUAUUUCACUUUCAAGUGUUACCAGUGAUAUGAGAUCGUUCUUGUUUUAUUUUUUUUCUACAAAAUUCAUGUCAUGACAUAUGCAGGUUCGGGCCGAUGACUUAUGAUGAAUGUUAUAAUCAUGUGGGCCAGUACUACUAACAAGCGAAGCGCCUUUAAUCUAAUAUGUGACUAUUUAUUUUAUUCGCCUGUGUAUUAUUAUAGUCUGACUAACAGUGGUUUUAGAGAUGGGGUCAAGGACUGGCACAGAGUUAGCCGUGGGAGCCAUCAAUGACUAACAUUUCACCACCUUAAUAAUAUGACAAGUUUACAUAACAUAACAUAACAACUAACUACCUACCUCUGACUUCUCAUCAUGAUCCGCACUGUAAAUUGUGCAUGAUUCCAUUUUGUAAAAUUGUAAAAAAAUAAUGCAUUGGUAUUAUAAUUUACAAGAUUAGACCAGUAAAUGAACUACAUAUAGAGUAGUUUUAACAUCCAGGAAGUCUGGCUCUGCUUUGGACAUUAUACAAGAUUGUUUUUUGACAUGACACUCUUAGGACACAAAGACUAAGUAAGUCAGAGCAAACAGAUUUCAGAAUGAACUGACUGUAUGUAUAUGUUUUUGGUGUAUAUAUGGUAAUAGUGAUGAACUGUUAUUAAAUGAGUUAAAA